AUGUCACAAGCAUCUGCGAGCCCCACUGAGAGCAGAUUAAGUUUGAGGAACAACAUGAGCGAGAUGCUAGGCUCACGACUUGACGUCCACGCUCGCUUGGGCCCGCAGGGAAAUGUGCUUCAAAGGCUAGGGCCCCAAGGAGGUCAGCCAAACAACCAUCGCAAUGAGGAUCAUGAAGAAAGACGCUCAGCUGUCCACUCGCAGAGGAGCAUUCACGAGAGGUUAGGUCCCCAGGGUGGUCAACAGGAUAAUCCUCACAAUGAGGACCACAAGGAAAGGCGCUCCGCUGCUCACUCUCGAAGAGACGGUUCUCGUCAACAAGCUACGGAGUAUCUCUCGCAAGUGCAGUCCACCAACACGCCCCCUAGGCAGCAUAGACGAGAAGGUCGACCCUCGCAGACCCACUAG